AUGUUUGAGCCCCUCGUUGAGAGUAACAGUGAAAAGAAAAAAAAUAACAGAACAAACAAUCUUUGAGGCUUCAGAUUCCCUAGACGGACUGCGAUCAAGGACACAUGACUCACCGUCAAUUUAUGACCCACGACGGAGGUACUUCAAAAAGAAAAAAGCGAACCCAUGGAAUUCUUGAAUCUACGUGAAAUGUAGAAGCUUCAAGUGGGACCAGCUGCAAAGCUUUAAACUGCGCGGUGAGUCACAUUCCUGACCAUUUUCAGUUGUUUGCAAAGCGGGUGGGGUGCACCAGUCAGAAUAAUGGAGUGACAGGUCAGCUGGAAUGUUGAUAAGAACAAAAAAGUGGGGGUCGAAAAAAUAACAAAAAAAAAUGUUUUUUGAGUUGGCUUCAAAGCUUCUUUUCAAACUGUUGCAAGGUUAGGGUCAAAAAGGGUAAUUUGCUCAAAUAUCUUUUAACUUUCUUCAGAUUCAGGAUAAACUCGUUGAUGUAGUUGAAAAACUUGCUAAUUCUCAGCCUGUAUAACUUCAAUUUUUCGAGAAUGAAAAUUUUUUUUGCAUAGCGUUCAAAAACUUGUAUUUGAAGUAUAUAAAGACCUAAAGGUCGUUAAAAUUCAAAAAAACUUGUAUUUGAAUUUUUAACGACCUUUAGGUCUUUAUUUCAUUGUUUAUUUAAAGAGAAGAGAAAAAAAGGAAAAAUAUGAGAAAAUGUUUAAAAAACAAUUAUUUUUAUCAAAAUUUUCUCACUUUUAAAACUGUUAAAGCUCGGAGCUUAGUCCAAAAAAAGAAGCCCAAAUUUGCCAAAUAAAGCAACAAUGUCACCGUACACCUCUUGAAUGCAUGGGACGGAAAUGCGAUGAAGAUCGCUCCGAUUGAAUUUCACGAACUUCUGAAGAAGCCUCGUCGAUUUCCAACUUUCUCCUUCUUUCUAGUAGUUUCUGACAUUUAGAAUUAGUUGCGUGAAUUUUAUCUUUUUUUCCUAUUUUUUCCAAAGUAAUUUUUUUUUCGACUCACUAGUCAGUCUUGAAACUGAAUUCAUAUAUUUGUCUUUGACGAAAAUUUUUUAUAUAUAUUUCAUUGAAAAAGUUCCCAAAUUUUAUUCUUUUUUUUAAAGUUUUUUUUGGCGUGUGAGAUUAAUCGAUCAUGUAGGAUGAGUUUUACAGUUCCAAAGUUCUAUUUUUUUUUCCUUUGUUCUUUAAGGCUUCUUAUCCCGUUAAAUUUUUCUUUUCGAGGUUAUAGUCGUAUUUUAACGAGCUUUGCUCAUCGAAAUUCGAAUCACGUCACUCCGAGAAAAAGCUGAAAAGCUCAGAAAUAAUUCACAAGUCUGGAAAAAUCAAUACAUGAACUUUUCAGCUACUUUCAAAGUUUUUAUGGUCGAAAUCGUGAUUUUUUAACUCAGCUUUUUUUUUCUUAUAUAAUGAUCGUUGCAUAUAAAAGCUGCUGAUUCUUUAGUUUUCCUGAGUUACCACUUCAUCUGAAUUUGGCAGUUUUUCGAAAAUUCGCAAAGUUUUUGAAUUCUUUUCGAAAAAAAGAGAAAGAACCUUCGCUGUUCCGGCCGACUUACGCCCAAAAAAUCUCGCUCGACGUGGUUUUUCUUUUUUGCAGAAAAGAAAGCCCUCGAAGAAACGGCCGGAAAUUUCAUGAAUGCGUUCGCCAUGCGGCCGCCGGCUCAAGUCGUUCCCAGGUUCGCUACUUUCAUUUAUUAUGUUUUUUCCUGUGUAAAAAAAUUUUUAGUAGGGAAAAAUAGGAUGGCUACGUUUGAAGCGGUAACGUUUUUGAAGGAAGAAAAAACUGGAGCAGAAACUAUUGAAAUGAGAUUGACGGACAAUGAAAAAAAAAAUCAAAAAUAAGAAGGGAUUGAAUAAUUGAGUGUCAAGUGAUUCAAAUUAGUUGAGAGAAUAAAGGUUAAAUAAUAUUUGGAAAAAAAUGAUAAUCAUGAAGCAAAGCCUGAAAAAAAUGGAAGAAAUUCUUCUCGAGUCAAUUUUUUUAAUAAGAAGAAUAAUUUUUCCAAAGAAAAAAUAGGAAAAUAAAACAUUUCAGAAAAAAAAUUAGUUGAAAGUUUUGCUGUAAAAAAAAGAAGAAGAAUUCCGAGCUGAAGCAAGCAAAAAACAAUUUUUAACUCGGAACCGUCAUUGUGAAAGCGUUUUAAAUUUUUGAAUGAUUUUAAAUCUUUCUAGAAGAGUUUUUGGCUUUUGAGCAAGCUUAGCUAUGCUUGCCGUGAAACGUCACAAGAUUCUAUGAUAUUUUCCUCGCCUCACUGUUUCCCAAUAAGCGUUUUUCAUGUGAAAGCUACGUCGACUUAUUCCUGUAUGAUUGUAAAAAAAAAAAAUCGAAACUAUUGUUUCAUCGGCACAACAACACCACCGAAUAAAGAUGCAGAAUUCGCUGUUCGUGACAGUCCUCAAAGAUUUUUAAAAUUUCUGAAAACGAUAGUCUUUUUCGAACGGCUUCGUUUUUUUGAUACUGAAGUUGAGUUGUAUAUAAAAUAAUCUGUAAUCAGUACCUAGAUUGUUGAACUUUUUAAUGAUAAAAUUGUAGACUAGAGCUUCAGAAUGAGGAACAAUCGUAGUAGUUUGUACGGUGUCAUUUUUUUUAAUCUUGUGAAUAGGAUUUCGCGGCUUAAUGCGAGAAAUCAGUAUCAGCAACUGAGCUAGACAUACCUUUGAGAAGGAGAAAAUGUCUUCUGCCCUUUGUUACAAAUGUCGGAGAAUUCUAAGAAAAUAUUCGUGGAGCCAAGCCUCGGCUAUCGCAAUUCAAAAGGUCGAAAGUCCUUGACAAGGUUCUUAGAAUUGUCUAAUGCUUUGCUUGGCAGCAAGCUGCCUUUUCAAAGCGACAUAAUUAAUUGGACACGAGCCGUCAAGCGCAGCGGCCAGACUCAUUCAAAGGUUGCUCCCGCAGCGCGAGUACCUUGUGACAAAUGGCUUCCUUUCCCGAGCAGACCUUCCAACCGACUGCCACCCACGCAAUCGACUCCAAUUUCCGUCAGAAGCUUUACCUAUACCUAUCUUGGGCCACCCUCAGCUCUUUACACUUGAUUUUAGCCGCAUUUGAGCCUUUAUCAGAUGUUCCAGCUCAAUCAUCUGUACUUUUACUGUUUCGACUGAAUAUCUACUUUUAAAAUCUAUGUCAUCUUACUAUUUUUAUCAACCUAACCUAUUUUUUAGAAUCAAAUCAAAUACUUUAUUUGAUACUAAGCAUUUCGUAUAUUUUCCUAAUAGCUGCCAAAAAAGCCGCUAGAAGGCUCUUUUGCGGUUAGAAGACCUUGAAUAUAAUCUCAACAUCGGAUUUUAAUUUUAUCUGUAGCCGUUAGUUCCCAAAAGUUUAUUCGUUUAACUUUUAUCCAUGAAAGGAAAUCCGUAAUGAUUAAGGAAAAAAGGUGUUAAAGUUGUAAAUGUGUUAUUGGUGAAGUCCGAUUCAGUUGAACUCAGAAUUCGAACUAACCCAUUUUUGUUAUUUUGAGCAUUUCAUCUAUCUCCAAAUCAGAGAUUAAUACGCUUUUAUCACUCUGUUGAUUAGUUGCAGCUCUACAAAUCCGAGCUUUUCCCGCCAACUCGUCGUCAUAGAGAAAAACAAAAAGAGAGACGCAGACGGGAAAAAAGUAGUCGCACCUUUGUGGUCAUUCAUCUCUUUCUGCCGAGCUUUACUUUGCUUUCUGAGUUCUUGUUUUUGCUAUUUUCUCGCGAUACAACCCUUGAUUGGGCUCUCAUCAUAUUUUUUUAUGAGUCGUAGGCAAGAGAAGAGGUUUUUUAAACUGAAAGACGCAAGUAGAAAACUUACGGUUUCUUCUCUAUUUUUUAAAACUUUUUCUCGCUUUUGAGUCUUUAUUAUUUAUUUUUAUGUAAUUUUUUAUGUAUAAUUCCUCGUCGCUAUAGAGAUUUGGUGAGGAAAGGUUUGUGAUGUAUGUCUGUAAGAACUUUUUUCGAUAUUUCUGUCUGUUUUUCUUGAGGCUUCGACACAAAAAAAAAUUAAAGAUUUAAAAAGAGUAUUGAAUCAAAAAAAUGCAAAGAGAGUGAAAUCUUACAAGUUCUACAGUGUUUUCGAAGUUUUUUCUGUAUUUUUUCCCGAUUUUUCAUUUUAAAUUUUUUAAACUGUUAGCGUAUUUGGAGCAUUUUUCUUUCACAUAUAUUUUGAGGUUGAUUUUUUGCUUUACCUUCUGUUUUAUGUUUUCAAAUCACUGAUAUCACUUCAAGAUCUGACCAGAGUGAGAGUUCUCUUUAUUUGUUGACCUGGAGAGUUGAAGAGAAUAGAGAAGCAGAGAAAUAAGCCUCAGAAUCACACCUUACAUGGUAAUUUGUGUGUGUCUCUGAACCGAAGAAGCCGUGCAAGAAUUCAGACAGCCUCCCACUUUCUCACACUCUCCUCGUCUCGCAUCUCUCCGUAAUCCGCCUCCCACAGCUCCCCAUUUUUGGCUCAUUUCAUUGCAUUCCAUUCUGUGUGCAGUUCUUCUACUCCUACUCCUACGUCGGUCGCUUGUCGUUGUCGUUUUCGGUGGCUAAUGAUCGAUAUCUCCUCGAGAAGGAGGAGGAGGAGCAGAAAAAGAAGUUGUUGAAGGCGAGGAGGAACGCCUUCGAACUUGACAAAAAAGGAAGUCGUCGACGCCUCGACUUGAGAAGGACAAUCUUCAACGACUCGCCAAUGUGA